GGUUUUUAAGUCCGAAACAGAGAGAAGGGAAGGGAAGUAAGCAAGACUGAGCGGAGGCGAGCUGUGGCCCUCGCUCCUUCCUCUCUGCUCUCGUCAGAUCCAAACCCCACGCGGGAACCCAAACCCUAGCGCACCGUUCGCGCCGCCGGGUGCUGCCGCGGGGGCGUCGAGGCGAUGAGGGGCGUCAGGGCUGAUGGCGGCGGCGGAGGAGGCGGAGGCGCCGCCGCGUCAUCGUCUUCCACCGCAGAGAACUCGCGCUUCGAUGCGGCGCAGUACUCCUUCUUCGGCAAGGCGCCCAUGGAGGGGCCGGAGCUCGGCGGGUUCUUGGAGGAUGGAGGCGUCGACGGCGAUGGUAGCGGAUUUGGUGGACAUGAUGAUGGGGGCUACCAGUUCUCUUCUAUGGGGGAAGAGAUUGAUUGUAUGAGUAACUUGUCUGAAAUUGAUGAUCUCGCAAGCACUUUUGCAAAGUUGAACCGAAGUAUUAGCGGAACAAGGAAUCCUGGCGUUAUUGGUGAUAGGCGAUCAAUUUCUAGAGAAAGUUCUUUGACUACUGACUGGGUUCAAGAUGCAGACUUCCACAGUUGGGUAGACCAGGGUAUGCUAGAUGGUGAUGAAUUUCUGGACAGCAAACAGUGGUGCUCACAGCUGCAGUCUUCACCUCACUUUGGAGAGUCCAAACCACUGUCUCGCACGUCUUCGUAUCCCGAUCAACCACUACAGCACCGCUCAAGUGAACCUAUUCUUCUACACAGAUCUACUUCAUUUACAUCAUAUCCACCACCAGGUGGCAGCGCUGGGUUGCCUUAUCCUGCUCAAGGUCUUACACGGCACGCGAGCAUUCCAUCACCUGGUGCUGGUCACCACAUGGGUUCUCCAAGUUCGUCACUUUCUGGUUCUCCAUAUCAUAUGUCUGGUUUAUCUCAUGGACUGCCUUAUGGACGAAGCACAUCUUACACCGCUGCAGAUCCAUCAACAAACAGCCUCAUGCAAAAUGAGUGGCCAAACCAAGCUGGCCCACUCGCUUUUGAUCACCUUAACCGGCGGCCCAGUUUAUUGCAACCACAAUUAUCUCUUCCAAGUAGUUCAAUGUCUUCAUUGCUUUAUUCUCAGCAGCAUCAGAGAUUACCACCAGUCCAGCCAUCUUUUCAGAAUUACCUAAACUUGCAUCCUCACCUAUUCUAUCACCAUCAAUCUCCUGAGAUAAUGGGCAAUUUUGAUCAUAUUCCUAAUGUGCCUUCACCCAGAGACAAAAGAUCAAGGUCAGGAAGAGGAAAGCGCAGCAUACGUUUACCUCAACAGCCUUCUGAUGCAAGUAGCCAGCAUAGUGAGAGUGUGGGGAUAAAGUUCAGAUCCAAGUACAUGUCAUCUGAAGAGAUUGAAAACAUCUUAAAAAUGCAGCACUCUGCAAGUCACAGCAAUGAUCCUUACAUCGAUGACUACUACCACCAAGCUUGUAAAGCCAAAAGAUCUGUAAAUACUCAGAAGUCCAAUUUCUGCCCCAUGUCAAUAAAGGACUUCCCCUCAAAGGCCCGCUCUGGUGGUGAUCAGCAUUCAUAUCUACAGGUUGAUGCUAAUGGAGGAGUUUCAUUCUCUGCCAUACGCAGACCUCGUCCUCUUCUUGAAGUUGAUUUGCCUGGAUCUGGUGAUGGUUUGUAUGAUCAUAAGUCAUCCACGAGGCCACUGGAAAAAGAACCAAUGGUUGCAGCUAGAAUAACUGUUGAAGAUUCUCUUCGUCUUCUUCUCGAUGUUGAUGAUAUCGAUCGAUUCUUACAGUCUAGCCAGCCCCAGGACAACAGUUUCCAACUGAGGCGAAGGCGACAGGUCCUCCUUGAAGGCUUAGCUGCAUCCCUUCAGCUUGUUGACCCUUUUGGCCCCAACAAACCUGGCCACUCAUCUGGAUUAGCCCCCAAGGACGACCUAAUUUUUCUUCGCAUUGUUUCUCUCCCCAAAGGACGUAAGCUUUUGGCACGCUAUCUUCGACUUCUUGUCCCUGGAAGUGAGCUGACCCGGAUAGUUUGUAUGACGGUCUUCCGACACCUUAGGAGCUUGUUUGGGGGUUUGCCGACGGACUCUGGUGCUGCAGAAACAACCAUUGGUCUUGCCAAGACUGUUUCCUCUUGUGUACACCAUAUGGAACUAAGUGCUCUCAGUGCCUGCCUUGCUGCUGUUGUCUGUUCAUCGCAGCAGCCACCUCUCAGACCAUUGGGUAGCUCUGCUGGUGAUGGGGCUUCUCUGAUCAUCAAAUCUGUACUGGAUAGAGCAACUGAUCUACUGGCAGAUCCUCAUUCUGCAGCAAACUACAGCAGAUCAACACGUUCACUUUGGCAAGCAUCAUUUGAUGCCUUCUUUGGACUGCUGACGAAAUACUGUGACAGCAAGUAUGAAAGUAUUGUGCAGAGGUUUGCCAUGCACGGAUCCAACUCUCUGGGUGGACCUGAAGCCACCAAAGCAGUUAGCAGGGAGAUGCCUGUUGAGCUGCUGCGUGCGAGUCUUCCUCACACUAAUGAACAGCAUCGCCAGACACUGCUAGAUUUUGCUCGUAAAUCUACGCAUGUCUCUGGUUUCAGCCCUAAUGCUAGCCGUGGACAUAUCAAUUCUGAAUCAGUUCCAGGUUAGCACCAUUGAAGAGACCCCAAGGCUGUCGGUUAAAUUAUAUGUGCAGUUUGUCUUCAGAUGGUAUAUCUGGAGAUGUGCUUGUGACCUCAUCGUAAGCUGCGAGCUUGGAGAAGUUCCAUUGGCUCAGUGAAGUUAGGCAUUCAGGAUGUGACCAUGUGUAGGUUCGAGAUUAUAUUUAUAUGCUGAAAAACCUCCUUUAUGUAGGCCUAUCACCUCCCUGAUGGUUAUGAUAGAUUAUGCAUGUAUGUAUCCUGUUGUAACUGUGUAGUGGUGAACUGGACAUCUGUGGAGGUAACCUAAUUGACUUAUUUUCUCCCAAUGAAGACAAAGGUGGGUGGAUGGCAACAGCAUAUUAUACCACCGUGCCCCCUACUUGUUUCUGGUGAUGUUUGCUUCAACUGGGGAUGUGUCCAAGGCAGGAGUGAUAUGCUACAGUUUGUAUCUACUGUUCCCGGCUCUCUAUCUAUAUGAAUUGUAAUAAGCUUCUUAUGAUUAGUCUAGCGAUUGGUUACUGCGCUUCAUUUCUGAGGGCAUUUUUCUGGGUUCAUUCAUGUCUUUAUGCAGAGUAAAUUAUUCACAUUACCCUUGUUUA